AUGUCUGGCUGUGCGUACUUUGGGUUGUUCUGUGAAGUUCCUAUGGUUUCUGAUAUUGGAGUUAACUUGGAGCUUGUUAGUGAUCUUCAUAUAGUCCGCGGUGUCGAACCUAUCGGUGAGGGUGUCAUUAUGGGCCAUGAGGUCACUGGAAAGGUAAUUGAGACUGAUGAUGUUGUCAAAACGGUGAAGAAGGAUGAUAUGAUUGUCACCGCUUUUGCAACUUCUUGGGGCGUCGAGGAGAAAUACCUUGUCCUCAUGGGCGACAACUUCCCGACUGUAUACUUUGCUGCCAGAAAUGCGUUCAAAGAAUACACCCUGGAACAAAUCUCGCGGCAGAUCGUCGUGUUGAUUUGGUGCGGACCAGUCGGGCCCUGCGCACUGAUCAACGCGCUGGAGUACAAGCCUAAGCAUAUCUUUGCGGUGGACUCUGUUCCAUCAGAGGGCUGGGCGGGUCUGGACAAGCGGGUGAAGAAGUUGACCGAUGGACGGGGCGCAGAUGCUCUGAUUGAAGUUGUCGAAUUGAGUCCGGCGCUGCGCUCUGCAUUUGAACUAUUACGACCGUGGGGGAUGAUCAGUAGCGUUGGAGUGCAUAAUGCAGAGGCCUAUGGGAAGAACCUGAAGGUGCAGAUGGGUCGGUGCCCUAUCCGAUCGGUUUUUCCACAGGCAUUGGAGGCUCUCAAGAAGAAUCAGCAUUUGCUUGGGUACGUGGUUGCCAUAUUAUACCUGGGCAUGAAAGUGCAGAAGGUGAUCUUUGAGGCGGAUAGAUAG